AUGGAGGACGUACUAGAUAAUAACAAAAUAAAAGAGUCUCUUCAACAACAAAUAAAUCAGAUAGUUGAGGACAAUGAAAAGCAGUACAAUGAAUUAAUAUCAUACAUUGAAAACGAAAAAAAGCAAAUAGAAAUUCUGAAAAAUAAAACAAAGGAAAAAAAAAUAUCAAUUAAUAGGAUAACUCACGAGAUCGAAGCCAAUACCGUUUUGGUAACUGAGCUGAAGGAGAGUGUCAUGGAGGAGGAGAAAAAAUUAGACGAAUUUCCCAAAUUAAUUGACGAAAUUAAUGAAAGACUUAACUUAAUUUUGAAAAACUUUGAUUCAUCUAAAUUAGAAUAUAACACCGUGAAAUUACAUAAGGACUAUAUUGAGAGUGAAUGGAAGAAAAAACUAGAGACUUUAUAUAACCUUUUAGGAUUUGAGAUAAUACUUCAAGAUGAUAAAAUUGUAAUCGAAUUUUAUAACAUCCAAAUGUCUGACCCGCAAAAGAAGUAUCGAGCUACUGUCACUUUGCACAAUGGAACGUACGAAGCUAUUGAAACGGCACCUCGCUUAAACAAAUUCGAAGAUUACGUGAACAGUUUAAAUAAGGGCAUGCCCUUUACCACGUUCUGCUGUCUACUCAGAAAGUCAUUUAAAGAACUGAAAUGA